CACGGCCCCGCGCUCGGCUGCCGCCCUGGCGCGCGCCACUCUGUCGUCCCCGGAGGGGCGCGGACCGGCUCGGCCCGGGCGCCGGAGGCUGGGGAGGGGGCGCUGGCCCCGGGGCCGCGCAUGCGCCGCCACCAAUCUGGGGCUGUCGGUGGAGGGCGAGUGCUGGUUUCGAGGGGAGGCGACGCCCUUUGGGGCCAACGGGCCGCGCGCUGAGGCGGCUGUGGGAACGACUCAUCCCUUUUCCAGCCCUGGGGCGGGGCUGGGGUCGGGGUCGGGGCUGGUGGGGGCCCCGCCUCCGUCUCCUGGCCUGCCCCCUUCAUGGGCCGCGAUGAUGGCGGCCCUAUACCCGAGCACGGACCUCUCGGGCGCUUCCUCCUCCUCCCUACCUUCCUCCCCAUCCUCCUCUUCGUCGCCGAACGAAGUGAUGGCGCUGAAGGAUGUGCGGGAGGUGAAGGAGGAGAACACCCUGAAUGAGAAGCUUUUCUUGCUGGCGUGCGACAAGGGUGACUAUUAUAUGGUUAAAAAGAUUUUGGAGGAAAACAGUUCAGGUGACUUGAACAUAAAUUGCGUAGAUGUGCUUGGGAGAAAUGCUGUUACCAUAACUAUUGAAAACGAAAACUUGGAUAUACUACAGCUUCUUUUGGACUACGGUUGUCAGUCCGCAGAUGCACUUUUGGUGGCAAUCGACUCUGAAGUAGUGGGAGCUGUUGAUAUACUACUUAAUCAUCGACCAAAACGAUCAUCAAGACCAACUAUAGUAAUAUUACAAAGUUUGUGUAAGCAUGACUUUCUCCAUAGGAGUGUACCAACUAGUUUAAGUUGUGGCGAGAGACCAACAGGAGCAGAGAAAAAAAAGGCCAAGAAUACAGCCCCUGUCCAAAGGAAAUUAAUGGAGCGAAUUCAAAAUCCUGAGUAUUCAACAACUAUGGAUGUUGCACCUGUCAUUUUAGCUGCUCAUCGUAACAACUAUGAAAUUCUUACAAUGCUGUUAAAACAGGAUGUAUCUCUACCCAAGCCCCAUGCAGUUGGCUGUGAAUGCACAUUGUGCUCUGCAAAAAACAAAAAGGACAGCCUCCGACAUUCCAGGUUUCGUCUUGAUAUAUAUCGCUGUUUGGCCAGUCCAGCUCUAAUAAUGUUAACAGAGGAGGAUCCAAUUCUGAGAGCAUUUGAACUUAGUGCUGAUUUAAAAGAAUUAAGCCUUGUGGAGGUGGAAUUCAGGAAUGAUUAUGAGGAAUUAGCCCGGCAAUGUAAAAUGUUUGCUAAAGAUUUGCUUGCACAAGCCCGGAAUUCACGAGAAUUGGAAGUUAUCCUAAACCAUACAUCUAGUGAUGAACCUCUUGACAAACGGGGAUUACUAGAAGAAAGAAUGAAUUUAAGUCGUCUAAAACUUGCUAUCAAAUAUAACCAAAAGGAGUUUGUCUCCCAGUCUAACUGCCAGCAGUUCCUGAACACUGUUUGGUUUGGACAGAUGUCAGGCUACCGACGUAAGCCCACCUGUAAGAAGAUAAUGACUGUUUUGACAGUUGGUAUCUUUUGGCCAGUUUUGUCACUUUGUUAUUUGAUAGCUCCCAAAUCUCAGUUUGGCAAAAUCAUUCAUACUCCUUUUAUGAAAUUUAUUAUUCAUGGAGCAUCAUAUUUCACAUUCCUGCUGUUACUAAACCUAUAUUCUCUUGUCUACAAUGAGGAUAAGAAAAACACAAUGGGGCCAGCCCUUGAAAGAAUAGAUUAUCUUCUUAUACUGUGGAUUAUUGGGAUGAUUUGGUCAGACAUUAAAAGACUCUGGUAUGAAGGGUUGGAAGACUUUUUAGAAGAAUCCCGUAAUCAACUCAGUUUUGUCAUGAAUUCACUUUAUUUGGCAACUUUUGCCCUCAAAGUGGUUGCUCACAACAAGUUUCAUGAUUUUGCUGAUCGGAAGGACUGGGAUGCAUUCCAUCCUACUCUGGUGGCAGAAGGGCUUUUUGCAUUUGCAAAUGUUCUAAGUUAUCUUCGUCUCUUUUUUAUGUAUACAACAAGCUCCAUAUUGGGUCCAUUACAGAUUUCAAUGGGACAGAUGUUACAAGAUUUUGGAAAAUUUCUUGGGAUGUUCCUUCUUGUUUUGUUUUCUUUCACAAUUGGACUGACACAACUGUAUGAUAAAGGCUAUACCCCAAAAGAACAGAAGGACUGUGUGGGCAUCUUCUGUGAACAGCAAAGUAAUGAUACCUUCCAUUCGUUCAUUGGCACUUGCUUUGCUUUGUUCUGGUAUAUUUUCUCCUUAGCACAUGUGGCAAUCUUUGUCACAAGAUUUAGUUAUGGAGAAGAAUUGCAGUCCUUUGUUGGAGCUGUUAUUGUUGGGACAUACAAUGUCGUGGUUGUGAUCGUGCUUACCAAGCUGCUGGUGGCAAUGCUUCAUAAAAGCUUUCAGUUGAUAGCAAAUCAUGAAGACAAGGAAUGGAAGUUUGCUCGAGCAAAGUUGUGGCUUAGCUACUUUGAUGACAAAUGUACAUUACCCCCACCUUUCAAUAUUAUUCCUUCACCAAAGACUAUUUGCUAUAUGAUUAGUAGCCUCAGUAAGUGGAUUUGCUCUCAUACAUCAAAAGGCAAGGUUAAACGGCAAAACAGUUUAAAGGAAUGGAGAAAUUUGAAACAAAAGAGAGAUGAAAACUACCAAAAAGUGAUGUGCUGCCUAGUGCAUCGUUACUUGACAUCCAUGAGACAGAAGAUGCAAAGUACAGAUCAGGCAACCGUGGAAAAUCUAAAUGAACUACGCCAAGAUCUUUCAAAAUUCCGAAAUGAAAUAAGGGAUUUACUUGGCUUUCGGACUUCUAAAUAUGCUAUGUUUUACCCAAGAAAUUAACCAUUUUCUAAACCAUGUAGAGAAUAAUUUUCAGUAAUAAAUCUGAAAGAUUGGAUUUGCAUAAUUUGCAAUUAAAUCAGUAAGAUAUAUAUUGAAUUAAAAUGAAGAAUUAUGUAAAAGCCAUUCUUUAAAAUAUUUAUAGCAUAAAUAUAUUAUGUAAAAUAUGUAUAUAGGAUUAGUUUUUUAAAACCCUCUAUUAGUAGCUUUUUUGCAGGUGCAAAACAGAUUAAGUAGAUAGAUUUUGUUAGCAUGCUGCUUGGUUUUCUUACUUGAACAGUGCUUUAAAUUUUUUUCUUUUUAUGUUUAAGAAGGGCAGUUAUAAUUGUGCACAUUGCCAGAAGGUUUUGUAAAGUGAAGAUCAGCAAAUGUGGGCUGGUCUCCAUCCAUAGGAUACACUUGAAAUAUAGUUAAGUCAUGGUUUUUAAAAUCUCUGUUUUAGGAGUUCACAUUAGUUCAGUAUUUAUUGUUUAGGAGUAUAGUUUAAUCUAAAAUAAUAGUCUAUUUUUUUUUAUUUUGUUAUAAUCUUAAGUAACAAAGAAAAACCUCUAAUGGAUAUUUAAAUCUGUUUAUGUCUCUAUAAAUUUUAAGUCACUUCACAGUUUUUGUUAUUGUAAUAUAUUUACUUUUACAUGGUUGUAUUCACUUUAUAUUUUUUGGUUUUUUUCACUUAAUAGUAUUUUAUAUAUACAUUUCCAUGUAUUGGUAUAGUCUAUAUAUUUAAAUUUUUAUGGAAUUAUAUAGUUUUUGAAAGAUAUAGUCAGUAGACUUUUCAUUUUAUAGAAAUAGAGUAUUUGAGUAUGUUUAUAGGUUUGCACAGGUAUUUCACUAAGGUUAGGCAUUUGGUGGCUUUUAAUUUUUCUUUAUCAUAAUAGUACUACAGUCUUUUUCAUUUUUCAGUUUGAAGUGACUGUUCAUAGUUAUAAAGCUAACCCAAAAUAAGGAUUUAGAAGAUACUUUAUCAUAUGUGGUCACAGCGUGUUUUGUUUUUGUAAAUUGGAAGACCCUUUAAUGCGAGGAUUUAUUUAUAUUUGGACUAAGGUUCUUGAACUAAUCUCCCAAAGUAUUUUCCACAGAAUUUAACAUAGCUUCUAUAAAAGUGACUUCUUGCUUAUUUGUGGAUCACUCUUACUGCUUAAGAUAAAAAGCCUUGAUUUUCUUAAAUUGGAGAAUAAGAUAUGUAGUAAAAAUUUUUUUCCUGCGUUCAUGUGAGGGAUGUAGUUAAAAAAGUUUCACAGGCUAUUGCUUGUAUUUUCUUGCAGCAUUUCCAGUUAAGAGGUUAUUAGGUAUAUAAUUAUCUUCUUAACUGAAUUUCAGAUGGUGUUAAGGCCACAGGGUGCAGGUAACCCUAGGUCUGUAAGCCCCACUGGUCCGGGGGGUCAUUGUCUAAAUAUAUUAGUAUUAUGCUUCAUCUUGCUUUUUACUUUGUAUUUUUUAAUUUCCAAGUUGUAAGUGUUCCCUCUUUGGGGCAAAUUCUUAUAAAAAUGUUUAUUGUAAAGUUAUAUAUUUUGUCUACAAUGGGAUUAUGCACUUCCCAGUUGGGAUUUUACAUCAGGAUUUUUAGUCAUUCUAAAAAAUACCUAAUUAUUAAAUCAAAAUAUUUAUAGAGUGCCUACUGUAUGCAUGAAUUACUUAUAAGGUAUAUUUUGGAUGACAGCAUAAUGUAAGAAAAAAGGUAAAUAAAACUUGACAUUAGAUUAUAA